CAUGUGAUACGUCACGUUCCGUCAGCAAGACCUAGUUCGCAAGGAGGGAGAUCCGCGAUGAGCAAAGAGGCGGCGAAAGAAGAAGAAGAGGAGGAAGAAGAGGUGGAAUUGCUGCGGUGCCAAAUCAACGAAUGGUAUCCCAAGUUCAAGACCCACACCAUCCGCACCCUCUUCCACCCCCUCACUCAACCCUUCAUCCGUUACCUCCUCGGCCUCCAUCCCCACCGGGACGCCGCCGGCGCUGAUGACCACGAUGACGGCGGCGAUGACGCCUCCUCCUCCGAUGCUCCCCCCUUUCUCCUCCCCCGACCCACCUCCGGCCGCGAUCCCCUCCCCCGCCCUACCCUUGGCGUCGACCCCACCUCCCUCCUCGAUUGCUCCCAGCUCUCCGACGACGAUGAAGAAAACGAGGAGGCCGACCCCGCCCCCUCGUUUCCCGACCUGGAAGAGGCGGUCGAGCGCUCCAUCGCUUCCCUUGGCGGCGCCGCUUUCCCUAAGCUCAAUUGGAGCGCCCCCAAGGACGCUACCUGGAUCUCCGCCGACGGAACCCUCCGCUGCUCCUCGUUCACCGACGUCGCCUUGCUCCUCCACUCCUCUGAUUCCAUCGCUCACGACCUCUCUUCCCAGCCUGCCGCUUCCGAUUCCGCUUCUUCUCCUUUCGUCUUCUACCUCGCCCUCCGAAAGUGGUACCCUUCACUCCGGCCUGAGAUGGAAUUCCGUUGUUUCGUCCGCCACCGUCGCCUGGUCGCCAUCUCCCAGCGCGAGGUCACCAACUUCUACCCUUCCCUUCUCGAUCGGUACCACCGUCUCCUGCCCCUCAUCCGAGACUUGUUCUCCGAGGUCAUUCGCCCUGGAUUUGAGUCACAAAACUACACCUUUGAUGUGUAUGUCACCAGUGAUGGCAGGGUGAAGCUGAUCGACUUCAACCCGUGGCGCGCUUUCACCUUACCACUCCUUUUUACCUGGGAGGAGUUGGAGGAAGAGGCAUUUACUUCAGAUGAUGAUGAAGAAGAAGAAAUAGGCAAAGAACAUGAACGAAAGAGGGACGUGGAGUUUAGAAUCGUGGAGAGCCAAUGUGGAGUGAGGCCAGGGUUGAAAACGGCAGUGCCUUAUGACUACUUGGAUACAGGGGAAGGCAGUGGAUGGGAUCAGUUCUUGAAGAGAGCCGAUGAGGAGCUGAGGAAGCAGACACAGAGUACUUCACGUGAUGGCGACAAAGCUUGAAGAAGAUCCAGGCGUCUCGGCUUCAUUCCUUCUUGAAGUAUAACCAGAUUGCUUGCAGAUGAGAUGUUGCCCACGAGUUGUUGAAUAGAUUGUUUCCUGAUGAGUUAUAUUGUCGCUGAGUUGACUGAUACAUAGUCCAGUUUACUGAGUGAUCCUGUUCACGAACGCGGGCUGGCGUGUGAGUCACCGGUAAUUUAGCAUCAAUGGUGACUUGAUCGUCAGUCGUGAGGCUACAAGAAGAUCGCAAGGAGUUUUGCCGAUGCUUGUGUAGGAGAGAAGACAAAAGGCAAGAGUUUUUCGGCGUUAUCACUUUGACGCUUAAGAUAGGGUUUUGGUGGAGUGUAAAAGAAGAUGAAUAGUAUUAGGAUUUGUGAUAAUGAUGUACACAUACCUCUUCUCAUGAGGAUCAAUUACCUUUUAU